AUGAGAGUCGCUGCCAUUGGAACUCUGCUCGCCGGCUUUUCGCUCCUGCUGGUGCUGCCCGUACAGUCGGCACCCGGCACGCUCGACGGCCGUGUGGUGGGCGGUGAGGAUGCGAGCAAGGCGCAGUUUCCCCACCAGAUCUCCCUGAGAAACGGCGGUUCCCAUAGUUGUGGUGGCUCCAUUCUGUCCAAGAACUACAUCCUAACCGCCGCCCACUGUGUGACCAGCACGGAUGCAAAUGGAAACCUGGUAGCCACUGCCGCGAAUAGACUAACCAUUCGAGCGGGGUCCAAUGACCGACUGAGCGGCGGAGUGCUCGUCCAAGUGGCCGAGGUUAUUGUCCACGAGGAGUACGGCAACUUCCUCAACGACGUGGCCCUGCUGCGCCUGGAGACCCCCCUGAUCCUGUCCAGCAACAUUCAACCCAUCGAUCUGCCCACCGCGGACACGCCGGCGGAUGUGGAUGUCAUCAUUUCCGGCUGGGGAAGGAUCAAGCAUCAGGGCGACCUGCCACGCUACCUGCAGUACAACACGCUGAAGUCCAUCUCCCUGGACAGGUGCGACGAGCUGAUUGGCUGGGGAGUCCAGAGCGAACUCUGCCUCAUCCACGAGGCCAACAACGGUGCCUGCCACGGGGAUUCCGGCGGCCCGGCCAUCUACAACAACCAGGUCGUGGGCGUGGCCGGGUUCGUCUGGUCCGCCUGUGGAACCAGCUACCCCGAUGGAUAUGCCAGGGUCCACUUCCACAACGAUUGGAUCAGGAAGAACUCGGAUGUGAAAUAGAUUCGAUUUUACUGGCUGCAUUUUCGAUAAUUCAAUAAAGUGUUCGUCGAUUUUAGAA